AUGGUCAAGGAUAGUCAGCAACGCCCAACCUCGUCAAUAUCCUUUUGUGAUGCACCAGUCAAAGGCACCGUUCGCAAACCCGCUCUUGGAAUUAUCCAAGACCAUUCCACCAACACAAAAAGUCGAGCUCAGAUACGAACAAGAAAUGUCGAGCUUAAGCCACUGGAUCCUCAAGCUGCAUUGGCUGUACAGCCAUGGAGUAUCGUGCGCACUAAUAUUGCAAACCAACUUGCAACCAAAAACAUAAUCAGUCCAAUGGAUCUGACAAAUAUUAUGCUUCAUAUUCAAACAUCACCGAAACAGAAACCAUCAGCAAAGUUUUUGGCGGCAUCUUCUAGCAAAGCUUCCUAUCCACAGCACUCUACAUCAGUAGCAAACACGUCCUCCAUCACCAGCGAAUCUGAAAUGGGGCCAAUUAAGCUCGAACCGACAUCGCAAGCCCAACAAGGUGCCGUGCCAGCAAUGUCCAUAACUAUACCGCAUGGAUUUCUUCCUCUCCGUACGCUUGCUCAUGCUCGUUCAACCAUCCAAUCUGUAAUUUACAUUCCCAACUCAUCCAUGUUUGUUUCGUUGGAUGCGAGCCAUAUUAAUCUGUGGAAAGGAGGUGUUCGUAUCAAUAAAUUCUCUACUCAACCUGUUGACAAAAAUAAUGGAACUAGACAAUGUAAUACUCUUUCAAGAUCAUCUGGAAAUACUCCACUUCCUGGGAUCGUCGCUAUUUCAAAAUGGGUGUAUCUGGACAAACUAAGGAUCUUUGUUAUUGCAAAUACAAAGUUGCAGUUGAAGAUUUUAGAUGCACAUUUUGAAGAACUAUGCAGCAUUUCAAAUCCAAAGCCUGUUCUCAGAUUCAUACUAAUUCUGCUAAAAGUAUUGAAUACAUUCCGUCAAAGAACGAAAUUAUAUGUGGCGAAAUUGGGAGUAUCAGGUUUGAUCCACAAAGAGCUCUUUAUUUUAUCAAAUCCACGAGCUAUUAUACGCAAUUUAGAGGAAGAAUGGGUCACGUUUAUAUAUUAUGAAAGAUUGCUGGAUCGAUUUUUUGCCGUUUGUGACACUAGUUUAUAUGUUUACGAUUACGAAUCUGGUGACCGUAUCGACAGUUUUCAUAAUAUUCACGAGCUUGCAAUCACUUGUAUUGUGUUUUAUGAGCCAUUCGAAUAUAUCAUAACUGGAGGAAAGGAUGGAAGUAUCAAGAUAUGGAAUGCUCGAAAAUAUCUCAUGUUUGAUUUUCACGAGCAUUUUAAUGCCAUCACUGGAUUGUUGCUAGUAGAGAAAGGAUGCGAAGCUAGUCCAGGAUCUGUACCGGUUUUGUUAUCAUCAAGUCUUGACGCAACAAUUCGAAUGUGGAAUUUUGAAACUGGACAAAGCCUAUACAGAUUAGACACGAAUUUACCCUGUCUUGGAAUUGCAUUUAUAAAAAGCAAUCAUUUUUAUCACUAUACAAAAGCAGAUAUUCAGUUGUGGAAUAUCAAUCGGUAUCAACUCACAUUUGCUUUUUUCAGAUCAACACCAUUUAUUAUUAAAAGAGUAACGCAUCCGACUAAGCCAGCAAGAAUUCUUACUGCAGUUGCAGAUGGGAGUUUAAAAAUGAUUUCUCCAGUGUCGGGCAUUGUAAUUGGAACUGGAUUUCCCAUUCACAAGGAUACUCAGACCAAAGACGUUGCAUGGAACAUGAACUCUGAAUUGGUCAAUCGCGAAAAAAUUGAAUGUAUUUGUGGACUUGAUUUUUACAAUCAUAUCAUGGGAAUCUCGGCAGGAGCAGAUAUUAGAAUUGUACCAAAAUCGAAAAAAAUUCCAGCGUUUUUUCUUGUUGCUGGAACUGAGAGUGGACAAAUCAUUAAUCUGAAUCUGGAUCAACGUGGAAAACAAGAGUUGCUAUGUCAGGCGCAUUCUGCUCGAAUAACUAUGCUUAAUUUUGAUCCCAAAGAUCUUGUUCUGGUUUCUGGAGCUCAAGAUUACAUUAUAAAAGUAUGGGCAGUGACUAGUGUGGAUAAUCGCUCGCCAUUUGGCGGAAGUAUAUUAUCAGCAAUGCAAUCACAAAAUGUACCAAGCCAGACAAUUUCUCUGUCAUCCAUUGCCGUAAUAUCUAUUAACGGGUUUGAAGUGCCAUCCAAAAUCAUUUCCCUGUCCAUGCAAGAGCCAAAAAUGGCCGUGCCUUUUAAUGGAGGAAUAGUAAUCUCUAGCUAUUCUACAGAUCAUACUGUUACUCCUGGUAAAGUAGAUCAAGAACAGGGUGGACAUGUUUGUGCAAUUGCGUCUGCGUACGAUUUUGGAUUGUGGGCAUCGGCUAACAAAGACGGCACUGUCAAGAUUUGGGAUGCAGACAACACGAUUGUUAGGGAAAUACAAUUUGGAGAACCCAUUACAUGUCUUUGUUUUGCAAACGAACGAAACGACCUUCUUGUUGGAGUUGCCGAUCAGAUUAGUAUAGUUCGAGUUCAAGACUAUAUGACGUAUCCUAUGUUGAAACAACUUGUUACACGUGCAUACAUGGACGACGAGUCUGAAAUUCCAGUUUUAUUUGAUCCCAAUCUCGAUUUUUGGGAGUAUCGGUAUGAGCAAGAGCUGAAGCAAUCAAAAAAAGUAGAAGAUUGGCAUAUGCAAAAAGAAGAGGUUCGAGAUGCAGCCAAUUCAGAGGAUCAACUGUCUUAUUUGCUUCAGCUUCCAAAGCAACGACGAACAAAUAUCGUUGGAAGAUACAAUAAACGUGUGUUUCUUGCGAGAGAAACCACUGCCUUUUUUCGUAGUAUUCGAUUGCAUCCCAAACAGACUCUUGGACAACAACUAGAACCUUCAGUCACAUCACAUGGAUCAACUGAAGUACUAAGUGGCGCGACUAGUGAACCAUACUUGGCAGAGUAUAUCCAGCCUACUUCUCCAACUACAAUAAAAGAAAUUGUAAUCCCAGAACCACAGGCUGUAAUUUCAGAGUCACAAACUGUAAGCUCAGAACAACAAACUGUAGUCCCAGAUCCACAGACUGUAAGCUCCGAGCCACAGAUUGUAGAUUCAGAAGAUAAUAUUUUAAACAAAAAGCAACAAGAAAGUCAAUCAAGUACAGAGCCAAUAAAAUCUUCCGAGGCUGAUCUUUCAGAUUUAGUUUUGUCACCAACAUCUCUUGAAUCUCAAAAAGAGAAUACUGCAGCUGUAACUACACCUUUACUAAAGCCAGUUAAUCGAACCUUGAUUCAUCAACGAAUGCUACGAGCACACAUUGCUUUACCAAACAGUACUAUUAUUGGUGAAAUUCAGCCAGUAAAACAAAUGCGAAAUAGACAAUCUCGACAAGAGACUAAUUAUAAAGAAGUUGGCGAUGACAAUUUUUUCAAUAAUCGGGUGAAAUUUGAAGCGUCAGCAUUCUACAAUGAAGAUUCCAAAAUAGCAUCAAGAAAAAUGUCAGUCAAAGCGGCAAUUGAAGUUGCACGUCGAUCUCGACCACAUCGGCCAUCGGUAUUUUCAUCACACUUUGAUAAUCAUCAAAUUGAUUUGGAAGAUGAUAACGAUGAUGCGUCAUUUCAAGCUUUACAAGAAGAGAUGUUGGUAGAAAUUGAUAAUAUAGAUGAGCAAGUAAGUAGCCGGAAAGCGCAUACUUCUGGAGCAAAGUCUAAAAAGUCUAAAAAGUCGAGCCACAAGAAAGGCAAGAAUGAUCAUAGUAAAGGAAAAUCCAAAUCUAAAGCUAUCACUGUGCCAAGCCCAGAAGAAAUAUUGGCAGAGCCAAUCCAAUCCAUAGUGACACCUAUAGAUAGCACAGAUUUGGAGGUGGAUGCUCCUAGUGCAGAAUCUAUGCCUCAGCCAGUAACAUCGGUAUCUAUGUUGACUCACGCGGUACACAAAAGUGAAGAAAAACCUCAAAGCAUGCCCGAGAAACCAUCUAAAAAUGUAACACAUUCAGAAAAAGGAUCUUUAUCAGGUGUGAGUUCUAUCAAUUUUUCAGACAUCAUAAGACACAGACGACCAUCCAGUCAUAUAGAGUUCCACCCAUUAAACCCACACGUGGUAAACAUUGCGCACCAGCCAUGUGCAGAUAACCUUUAUUCCACUCCUCACGACUCCCAAAGCAUCAAUGUACAGCGAAAUUCUGAAUUAAUUAAACCUCAUAGAAACAGUAGUGCAACUCAGGUUAAACCUCCAGUUUUGUCUGAUAAUCUUCAAGAUUUAUUAGUCGAACUACAAGAUGUAAAGCUGCCACUCCCAACUUCAACUCCAGCUCCAGAUCUUUACUCUAAUCUAAAAGGUGCUUUUCAAAAAUUUCGAAAACAGGCCGAGGAAAAUGUUCCAGAAGAAGAUGAAGAAGAGCCGGCAGAUUUUGUAUGGAAAAUGUUUCGAGAUCAGAAAAACUCGAAUGACGUUGCCAAUCCAACAAGCCCAGUCAAUGCCCAAUCGCAGGAAGAAGUGGUUAGCAAGCCACUUGAGCUAACUGAAAUAGCUUCUGGAUUGACGAAUAUUCUAAAAAAUGGUCCAGUUGAAGAUCAAAUUCAAUCAUCAAAAGCCCUUAUGUCGUUAUUUCAAACUUUUGGAAUGGAUUUCAAAGAUCCAGUAAGCUACUUUAUACUGCCGCAAAUUGAUCAGUUGAAUCAUGAAGACCCUCGAGUACGAAUCGCCAUGUGCAAAAACAUUUCGAAAUUUCACAUGCAUCAAAGCACAAUCCUUCCUAGUUUAAUCUAUAGCUUGGAUGACUCUUCUCCAGAUGUUGUUAAUGCGGCAAUUCAUGGUCUUGGUCAACUUGGCAUCACAAAUACGACCAUGCUUCAAAAUGCAAUGGUUCGUCUUGGAAUGCUCAAAGAAGAUUUUGACAAAACCGGUAUUGACGUGAUCGAGAGGCAUAAAAUUAAAUCGGCACUGGAUCAUAUUCAAAAAAGUCAAAUAGCAAAUGCAGAGGUUGAUAAGUGGGUCAGCUCUAUAUACAAGAAUCCAAGUUAUUUCAAGCGAACUGAUAGUUACUGCGAGCAUUUGGCCGGCAAGUUUUUUCCUCCAGAUGCAAAUAAUUUUGGUAUGUCUACCAAGCCAUUGGAUAUACGUCAGUUGGACAGCAUACCCAUUCGAAAUCAACCAAAGGGUCCUGCAUUAUCUGAGUCGUCGAAUACGCAUACAUAUUUAAAUGGAUGGGACGUGGAUAGUAAUAUUAAUAUGCAAAUUUUACACAGUCGUUCAAAACCUAUAGUAAACAAGGUUGAUCCUCGCACCAAAGCAAACACCUACCGCCCACCAUUGCCACGAGAAUCGCGAUAUACAUUUAAUGUGCUAAAUAAGCCAAGUAAUUCUAUAGCUAAAACUGAUUUGUUUUACUCGUCCAGGAAUACAGAUAGACUAGCUCGUAAGUGUACAGAAUCUAGAACCAUGGCAUCAACUGUGAUUGUCAAUGCUCGAGCCAUCACAGCAGGAUACACAUUUGAAUCACAGCCAGUGACAAAAGUCGGAAAGUUUGCAACUCCGUCGGAUUUAGUAUGGAUGCGUCCUAAUACAACUGGAAGUAUUUUUAAAAAAGGAUAUAAAACACCCACUUUUAAUUUGUGUCCAAAGACUGCCGAUGCAUCAGGGCUUGCCAAGGAUUAUUUCCCACCACUUUAA